GAUAAUAAGAAAAAGGAGACCAAACCCCAAUCUCACCUCCUCCCUCCCGUGUUUUCAUUUCCCCAAAACCACCAAACCCUCAAACUUCUCUCUCUGACCGUGAAACCCUUCUUGUGGCUUCUCUCUCUUUGCACCCUUUCAUUGCCUCGCCGGCGUGCUGCGUUCCUCCGUCCCCGUAUUCUGGCGGCGCUCAGGCCACGCCGCACUCUCUCUCUCCUGGCUAUUGGUGCUGCUAUUGUGGGUCUCGUGGAUUGGCGGUGUUAGAGCACCGUUUCACCAGUUGUUGGUGGUCUUCUCUGUCGGUGCCGGCGCUGCUUCUGAAUGGUGGUGCAUGAAGCCGCCAUCAUUGUUGUUGUUGGUCUUCUCCUGCUGCACCGUCGUCAUUGUCAGGUUAUGGCCGUUGCUUAAUUGAAAAUGAUGACGGACGUUUCAAAAUUUGAAGAUGCAGUUGAAAUAAUGAUGGAUAAAGGAGAAACUAAAAAUUGCUUGGACUAUAUAGAAACUGAAAUUGAUGAAGAUAUUGUCUUAAAUAGUUGUUAUCUGUUUGACACCAAGUUAAAUUGCCUUUAUGAAUUGGAUAGAAAGCUAGAUGCUUUUAGGGAAGCAAAAGCUUAUCGUGCUGAUUAUCUUCCAUUGACUCCUAUUGUUUGUACGGUUUUGGGAAAUGAAUAUGAGAAAGAAUGCAAUUACACUGAAUCGUAUUUCUACUUCAGUCAGUUUAAAUUUCCUGAUCAAGAUGUUACUUUAUCAAGAUUAGUAAAAGAGAUGGAAAAUGAAGUAAAAAAGAAGUUGGAUGAAGAGAAAUACGAAGAAGUUGUGGAUUAUGUGAAUACAAUCAAUCAUGAUGUCGUCUUUUCUAGUGAAGACUUGUUUGACAGCAAGCUGAAGUGCCUCAAUCUCUUAAAUAGAAAGAAGGCUCCAGUUAUGCCGAAUUGGGUAAUUACGGUGAAGCACGACAACAUUACAUCAAAGCCAUCCAAACCUGCAAAACACAAGAAGAAAAACUUGGCUAUCGCAACUUGCUCAAAUUAAUGGAGAAGGAAGAAGAAACAAGAAAGAUAAGAAAGGAAAACAAACGCGUGGAAAAAAUAGAUCCAAGCUUUCUCAAGGGUGAAAACAAGAAUUUCGAGCAAACUAAAAAGAAAAUCAACCCUCAUAAAUCUAUAAGGUAGUGUCUGGAAACUUGUAUUUCAUUUCAAAUAAUGAAAUUGAAAUCUGGAACUUAGAGCUUGUAUUUCAAUUCCUAAUCAUUGUUUUGUAAAGGGGGUUUGAUAGAGGAGAUAGAAAUGGGGGUUUGAUGGAGGAGAGAGAAAAAAUAUGGGUUUAGUAAAGGAGAGAGAAAUGAGUGAAGUUGGGAUAUAGAUAUUCAUGGAGUUGGAUAUAUAUGAGGAGAGAAUUUCAAAUGACAA